CCAUGAGGUUGUGUGUGGAGAUCAGAGCACAGUUGAACAACGUAACUGACCUCACAGCAGAGGGGGCAGACUUCAGAUGGUAUAUCAAGGUUCGCUGUGGUAACUGUAUGGAGGAGUCCAAGUGGUUGUAUGCAGUGGCCGAGGAUAGGGUACCAGUGAAAGGUGGGCGUGGCACUGUACACCUGGUCAUCAAGUGUAAGCUGUGUGCCAGAGAGAACACUGUAGAGAUUCUAGAGGACCACAUCAAACCCUACAGAGCUGUGGACAGUGGUGUCUUCAAGGCCAUAGUCGCAUUUAAUUGUCGUGGUGUAGAGAUCAGCGCCUUUGACCCCAGGGGUGGCUUCCGUGUGAGAGGAGAGAGCAGUGUCUUCAACGAUGUCUCAUUAUCUGAUAAGGAGUGGUACGAUUAUGAUGACAUAGCUAGUCAAGAAGUGAGCAUCACAGACUUUGAAUAUAGAGUUGUCAAACUAUAGAAACACUAUUACAUGCGUGUGUGUAUAGUACAUCUACCUGAAUAAUUAUAACAGCAAUGUACUAUUAUUGGUGUCAUGAUGGUCUCCUUCAUAAUAAUUAUAAUAAUUGAUGUGAACACAAA